AUGGAUACCAUCCUGAGCUCGGCGAAGCACGAGGUUGCCACCGGGCUGGACCUCAAGUCGGCGUCCAGCGCCACUUCGCCCUGUGUCUCGUGCGUCGGCGGGAAGCUUGCGCGGCACUCCUUCCCCGACAAGGAAAUGGACGCCGAGGACGCCUUGGCCGUCGUGCACAUCGACCUGUGCGGGCCGUUUUGCGUGGCCGCCAUGGAUGGCAGCCUGCACUUCCUGCUUCUGAAGGAACGCAAGACCCGCUACGUGUGGGUGAAGCCGGUCGCCAAGAAGUCCGACGUGCUGCGGGAGUUCCAGCAGUGGCUAGUGACGGUCGAGCGGCAGGUGAAGAAGUCGGUGCUGCAGCUCCGCUCUGACCGGGGCGAGGAGUUCCUCGGCAAGGCGUUCACCGCCUUCGUGGAUGGCAAGGGAAUCGUCCACGACCUGACCUGCCCCUACACCCCACAGCAGAACGGCAUGGCUGAGCGGGAGAUGCGGACGGUGGUGGAGUCGGUGACGGUGAUGCUGCUGCACAUGGGCGUGCAGCACCACUGGUGGCACCUUGCUCUGCGGCAGGCCGUCUGGGUCCGCAACUGCCUGGAGCGGUCAGCGACGCCGGGGACGACGCCGUACCAGCUGCUCACCGGGAAGAAGCCGGACUUGUCGCUGGCCCGCGUGUGGGGCUGCAUGGCGCAGUUUCUCGUCCCCGAGCAGCAGCGUGGUGGGAAGCUGAAGCCGAAAGCCCGGUGGGGCCUUCAUCUCGGCGUAUCGGAGGAGAGCAAGGGAUGGGAGCUCCUCGACAUCGCUGCCAACCGGGUGGUCACCACGUCGGACGUGGUGUUCUACGAGGACAUGUCGCUGGAGGUGUGGAAGUCGGAGCACGGGAAGGUCGGUAAUCUUGCUGAUGAGGACGCCGAGGUCGUCCACCCUUCCCCUGCCCCUCCCCUCGUCGCCGACCUGCAUGGGCUGACUCCGGCGUCGGCCUCCGGCGAUGAGGGGAGCGGUGGGGCGUCGCCUGUGGCGCCGACCAAGAGCAUCGCCGGUGGCCGACGUGACGUCCCGCAAUCGGCAGGGGAGCUGACCACAGGGGAGAAAUCGGUCGGGACGCCGACCGAGGUGCAGCAGGGCGAGCCGACCAAGGUGCAGCAGGACGCCGAGGACAGUGAAGCCGGCGAAGCUGAAGGGGAGCAGUCGGACGCCGGGCAGGCUGCCGGCAGUGACGAAAUGGAGGUUAACCCCGAGCAGCCUGCACUGCGGCGUUCAGGCCGAGUCCGGAGGCCGCCGGAGCGGCUAACCUACCAUGUCUGCCUCCCGGCGGCCGCCUUCACCAAGCUGUACGACAAUGACGACGACGACCUGGCGUACGACGACGCCGAGGACGACGAGGAGUUUCCGGAGCUCGACCCUGACAUGCACGCCGACCCCGAGCACCGCUGGGAUAUCGCGACGAUGACGGUGAAGGAGGCGUUGGCGAGCUGGAAGGGCCCGGCGGUGAAGGCCGCCAUGGAGGAAGAGAUCCGUAGUCUGAUCGGCAACGGCACGUGGGAGCUCGUUGAGCGGCCCCCCGGCGUGAACAUCAUGAAGAACCGGUGGGUGCUGAUGACGAAGUACCGCAUUGAUAACACUGUGGAGCGCGAGAAGGCGAGGCUGGUCGUGAAAGGCUUCACGCAGGUGUAUGGCGCCGACUACGACGAGACGUAUGCGCCGGUGAGCAGCUACGUCACGCUGAGGAUCUUUCUCAGCAUCGUCGCCGUCCUCGACCUCAACCUGAUGCAGCUGGACAUGAAGAACGCCUUCCUGCAGAGCAAGCUCGACCGCGUGCUCUACAUGUACCAGCCGGACUACUACAACGACGGGACCGGCCGGGUGUGUAAGCUGCUGAAGAGCCUCUACGGGCUGAAGCAGUCGCCGCUGUUGUGGUACAAGGCGCUCAACGACGUUCUGAUCGGCGCCGGGUGGAGGAAGAGUCAGGUCGAUGAGGCACUGUACUUCAAGGUUGGCGCCGAGAAGGUGGCAUGCUGGGUGCUGGUCUACGUCGACGACCUGCUCGCCGCCAGCAGCAGCACCGCGAUGCUGAGGGAGCUGAAGGAGCUGCUGGAGGCCGCCUUCGAGCUGCGCGAGAUCUCGCCGGUGCAGAAGUACCUCGGCCUGGAGAUCGUGCGCGACAGGCCGGCGAGGAAGCUGUGGCUGCACCAGCAAGGCUACGCCGACAAGCUGCGUAGGCGUUUCAUCGACGAGGAGCAGGGCGGUCGGACCCCGAAGACGCCGGUCUCGGUCGACGCCUACGCCGAGCUCACCUUCGACGACGAAGAGGCGCAGGAACGCGAGAAGGAGGAGUACCGGCAGAAGGUCGGCUCGCUGCAGUUCGCGGCGACGACGACGAGGCCGGACAUCGCCUUCGCCUGCAGCAAGCUGGGGAGCGGCCUCACGGUGAGGAGCGACCAGCACUGGCGCGAGGUCGACCGCUGCCUCGCCUACCUCGCCAACACGCGCGACACCGCCCUGGAGUUCGGCGGUGGUCCGGAGACGCUCGAGCUGGUCGGCUACGUGGACGCCAACGACGCCGGCGACAAGCAGAACCGGACGAGCACGGGCGGCUAUGUGUUCGUCUACGGAGGGGCCGCGGUCUCCUGGUCGAGCCAGCGCAUCAAGUGCGCGACGCUGUCGUCGACCGAGUCGGAGUACGUGGCGGCCGUCGACGCCGGGAAGGAAGGACGCCGACUUCGCUUCCUCCUGGCAGAGUUCCGGCAGCUAGACGCCGCCGACGGUCCUUCACGUGGACAACAAGUCAGCCAUCACAGUCGCCGAGGGCAUGGGGUUGACGGGCAACCUCAAGCACAUGGAGCGGCGACAGGCCUGGCUGCAGCACAUGGUGAAGCGGGGAAAGUUUUCGCUGCAGUACAUCCCGACCGCUGA